AUGAGCCAGGCUAGAGCUGAGGUGUCUGUGGGGGCGGGAGGAGGGUGGCCGGAUGGGCUCCAACGACUCACGAAGACGCUCCCAUCAGCCUUCCAGAAUGGGCGUUUUCGAAAGAGAACUACAAUUCCCGUGAGGCACCAGGCCAAGCGGCCGCAGGGCAUCACGGGAGCCGGAGGAGGGGACCCCCCGCCGGCCAGAAGCGGCAGCAGCGGCGGCGCCAAGGAGCCCCAGGAGGAGCGGAGCCAGCAGCAGGAUGAUAACGAGGAGCUGGAGACCAAGGCCGUGGGCAUGUCCAACGACGGCCGCUUUCUCAAGUUCGACAUCGAGAUCGGCAGGGGCUCCUUUAAGACGGGCUACAAAGGCCUGGACACCGACACCGUGGAAGUGGCCUGGUGCGAGCUGCAGGAUCGAAAGUUAACAAAAUCUGAGAGGCAGAGAUUUAAAGAAGAGGCUGAAAUGCUAAAGGGUCUUCAGCAUCCCAAUAUUGUUCGAUUCUACGAUUCCUGGGAAUCCACAGUAAAAGGAAAGAAGUGCAUUGUUUUGGUGACUGAACUUAUGACAUCCGGAACACUUAAAACGUACCUGAAAAGGUUUAAAGUGAUGAAGAUCAAAGUUCUAAGAAGCUGGUGCCGUCAGAUUCUUAAAGGACUUCAGUUUCUUCAUACUCGAACUCCACCUAUUAUUCACCGGGAUCUUAAAUGUGACAACAUCUUUAUCACUGGCCCUACAGGCUCAGUCAAGAUUGGAGACCUUGGUCUGGCGACUCUGAAGCGGGCGUCUUUUGCCAAGAGUGUGAUAGGUACCCCAGAGUUCAUGGCACCUGAGAUGUAUGAAGAGAAAUAUGAUGAAUCUGUGGAUGUCUAUGCUUUUGGGAUGUGCAUGCUUGAGAUGGCUACAUCUGAAUAUCCAUACUCAGAGUGCCAAAAUGCUGCGCAGAUCUACCGUCGAGUGACGAGCGGAGUAAAGCCAGCCAGUUUUGACAAAGUUGCCAUUCCUGAAGUCAAAGAAAUUAUUGAAGGAUGCAUACGACAAAACAAAGAUGAAAGAUACUCCAUCAAAGACCUUUUGAACCAUGCCUUCUUUCAGGAGGAAACAGGGGUACGGGUAGAAUUAGCAGAAGAAGAUGAUGGAGAAAAGAUAGCUAUUAAAUUAUGGCUACGUAUUGAAGACAUUAAGAAACUAAAGGGAAAAUACAAAGACAAUGAAGCUAUUGAGUUUUCCUUUGACUUGGAGAGAGAUGUGCCAGAAGAUGUUGCUCAAGAAAUGGUUGAGUCUGGGUAUGUCUGUGAAGGUGAUCACAAGACCAUGGCUAAAGCUAUCAAAGAUCGAGUGUCAUUAAUCAAGAGAAAACGGGAGCAGCGACAGUUGGUACGCGAGGAGCAAGAAAAAAGAAAGCAGGAAGAGAGCGGUCUCAAACAGCAGGUGGAACAGCAAUCAAGUGCUUCCCAGACCGGAAUCAAGCAGCUCCCGUCUGCUGGCACCGGCAUCCCCACUGCUUCCACCACUUCAGCUUCAGUCUCUACACAGGUAGAACCUGAAGAACCUGAGGCAGAUCAGCACCAACAACUGCAGUACCAGCAGCCUGGCGCAUCUGUGUUAUCUGAUGGGACAGUUGACAGUGGUCAGGGAUCUUCUGUCUUCACCGAAUCUCGAGUUAGCAGCCAGCAGACAGUUUCAUAUGGUUCCCAACAUGAACCGACACAUUCUACUGGCUCAAUGCCAGGGCACACAGCUUCUGUCGUCCAAGCACAGUCUCAACUCCAUGGGGUAUAUCCACCCUCAAGUGUGCCUCGUCGUGGCCGUAGCAUGUCGGUUUGUGUUCCCAUGUUUCUGCUGCUCCCUCUCUGUCCCGCAUCUUUCCCAGUGCUCUUCCACCCCACCACCAGUGCUGUCUGCACCAUUUUCUCCUUCCCUCCUUCGGACUGCCCUGAGGAAACUUUUGCCGAAAAGCUCUCUAAAGCACUGGAGAGUGUCCUGCCUAUGCACUCUGCCUCCCAGCGCAAGCACCGACGCUCCAGCCUGCCUUCCCUCUUUGUCAGUACUCCUCAGUCCAUGGCGCAUCCGUGUGGGGGGACCCCAACCUACCCAGAAUCACAGAUAUUUUUCCCAACUAUUCAUGAACGUCCAGUUUCUUUUUCACCACCUCCUACCUGUCCACCGAAAAUAGCCAUUUCUCAGCGGCGUAAGAGCACCUCCUUCCUGGAAGCCCAAACUCGCCACUUCCAACCCCAGCUAAGGACUGUUGGCCAAAAUCUUCUUCCACCUGGUGGCAGCCCAUCUAACUGGACACCAGAGGCCGUAGUUAUGUUGGGUCCUUCAGCCAGUAGAGUAACUGGAGAGCCAUGUGAGAUACAGGUCCAUCCUAUGUUUGAACCAACUCAAGUCUACAGUGACUAUAGACCUGGACUAGUACUUCCAGAAGAAGCUCAUUAUCUUAUUCCUCAGGAUGCAGUGUUUCUAGCUGGGGUGCAUUACCAGGCCCAGGUGGCAGAACAGUAUGAGGGCAUCCCAUACAACUCACCAGUACUGUCAAGUCCUAUGAAACAGAUACCUGAACAGAAGCCAGUACAAGGGGGUCCUACCUCAAGUUCUGUCUUUGAAUUUCCAUCUGGACAGGCUUUCCUGGUAGGACACCUUCAGAAUUUAAGAUUAGAUUCUGGAUUGGGUCCAGGAUCUCCCCUUUCUAGUAUUUCUGCACCUCUCAGUACAGAUGCUACAUGUUUGAAAUUUCAUCCUGUCUUUGUUCCUCAUUCUGCACCCGCUGUGUUAACUCAUAGCAAUGAGAGCAGAAGCAACUGUGUAUUUGAAUUUCAUGUUCAAACACCAAGCUCCUCUUCAGGAGAAGGAGGUGGAAUUUUACCUCAGCGUGUGUACCGAAAUCGACAGGUUGCGGUGGACUUAAACCAGGAAGAACUGCCUCCUCAAUCGGUUGGAUUACAUGGCCACCUGCAGCCUGUGACUGAAGAACAGCAUAAUUACCAGGCCCCAGAAUUGACCAUUUCUGUGGUAGAGCCUGUCGGACAGAACUGGCCAAUAGGAAGCCCAGAAUAUUCCAGUGAUUCCUCACAAAUCACUUCUUCAGACCCCAGUGACUUUCAGUCACCUCCCCCUACAGGGGGAGCAGCAGCACCUCUUGGCUCUGAAGUCUCAUUACCCUUUAUCCGACUGCCUCAGACAGUGUUACAAGAAUCCCCACUCUUCUUCUGUUUUCCCCAAGGAACCACAUCUCAGCAGGUCUUAUCUGCCUCAUUUUCUCCAGGAGGAUCUGCACUCCAUCCACAGGCGCAGGGGCAGAGCCAGGGGCAGCCACCCUCAAGCAGUUUAACAGGGGUUCCAUCUUCCCAACCCAUACAGCACCCUCAGCAGCAGCAGGGAAUACAGCAGACAGCCCCUCCGCAACAGACAGUGCAGUAUUCACCUCCCCAGACGUCAGCCUCCAAUGAGGCCCCUGCUGCACAGCCAGUGAGUCAGCCUCAGACGACACAGGUCUUGCCUCCAGUAUCAGCUGGAAAACAGAGUACUCAGGGAGUCUCUCAGGUGGCUCCUACAGAGCCAGUUCCGGUAGCACAGCCUCAGCCUCCCCAGCCUGCUACUUUGGUGUCCUCCAUAGAUAGUGCACAUUCCGAUGUCGCCUCUGGUAUGAGUGAUGGCAAUGAGAAUGUCCCAUCAUCUGGUGGGAGACAUGAAGGAAGAGCUCCAAAGCGGCACUAUCGAAAAUCUGUACGGAGUCGCUCCCGGCAUGAGAAGACGGCACGCCCCAAACUGAGAAUUUUGAAUGUUUCAAAUAAAGGAGACCGGGUAGUGGAAUGUCAGUUAGAAACUCAUAAUCGGAAAAUGGUCACGUUCAAAUUUGACCUAGAUGGUGAUAACCCUGAGGAGAUAGCAACGAUUAUGGUGAACAAUGACUUUAUUCUAGCAAUAGAGAGAGAGUCGUUUGUGGAUCAAGUACGGGAAAUCAUUGAAAAAGCUGAUGAAAUGCUCAGUGAGGAUGUCAGUGUGGAACCCGAGGGUGACCAGGGAUUGGAGAAUCUACAGGGAAAGGAUGACUAUGGCUUUUCAGGCUCUCAAAAAUUGGAAGGAGAGUUUAAACAGCCAAUGCCUGCGUCUUCCAUGCCACAGCAAAUAGGCGUUUCUACCAGUUCUUUAACUCAAGUUGUUCAUUCUGCUGGAAGACGGUUUAUAGUGAGUCCUGUGCCAGAAAGUCGAUUACGAGAAUCGAAACUUUUCACCAGUGAAAUACCAGAUCUGGUUGCUGCCUGUACAUCUCAAGGCCCUGGGAUGAACUUGUCUCACUCUGCUUCAUCCCUUAGUCUACAACAGGCCUUUUCCGAACUUAGACAUGCCCAAAUGACAGAAGGACCCAGUACAGCACCUCCGAACUUCAGUCAGACGGGGCCAGCGUUUCCCGUUGUACCUCCCUUCUUGAGUAGUGUUGCUGGGGCCCCAACCACAGCAUCCGCCAUACCUUCAGUAUCUGUCAGUGCCACAGGCAGUCUUCUGGGUGACGUUGCCACAUCAGCAACUCAUCCUGAGGUGACAGUACCCGCUGAGGCGGGGAUGGCUGGAGUUGUCACUAGCACAGGUGUGAUAACUCCAAGUGGUCUCCCUGUGCCACUUGUGUCUGAGUCGCCAGCACCCUCCAGUGUAGUCUCAGGCACCACUGUACCUGCCGUGGUCCCGGUACCAACAUCGCAGUACACUCAGGCCCCCACGUCUGGAAGCACUGUUUCCAGUACUGGCACCGGUCCUUCCAUAACAACCCCUGCAGUGGGCAGCGCUGCUGCCCCCGACGCUAAGCCUCCAGCUGUGUUACCUCAGCAGACAGCAGGCAGUAGUAGUGCUGGGACAGCCGCCUUAACAGCGGUUCCUACCACCAUUCCCUUCUCCAGUGUAGCUGCCCACCCGUCCCUGCAGCUUAGCAGCAGCACCUCAGCUCCUACUCUAGCUGAAACAGUGGUGGUCAGUGCACACUCUCUAGAUAAAGUGUCUCAUAGCAGUACAGCUGGGCUGGCGCUGUCCCUCUCUGCUCCAUCAUCCUCUUCCCCUGGAAUAGGGCUGUCUAGUUCUGUUUCUCAGCCUGCUGGGGUACAUCCUUUGGUGGUGCCAUCAGCUAUAUCCUCUGCUCCUGUUCCCCAUGCAGCAGGACUGACAUCUACACCUUUACUGCCCCAGGUACCCAGUGUCCCCCCCUUGGUACAGCCUGUUGCCAAUGUGCCUGCUGUGCAGCAGACUCUGGUUCAUAGUCAGCCACAGCCAGCUUUGCUUCCCAGCCAGCCCCAUACUCACUGUCCUGAAAUUGACACCGAUACUCAACCCAAAGCUCCUGGGAUUGAUGACAUAAAGACCCUGGAGGAAAAACUGCGAUCUCUCUUCAGUGAACACAGCUCAUCAGGAGCACAGCAUGCCCCUGUCUCACUGGAGACGUCGUUGGUAGUAGAGACAGCUGUCACACCAGGCGUCCCAACCACUGCUGUUGCACCAAGCAAGCUCAUGACUUCCACUACAAGCACUUGCCUACCGCCUGCAAGCUUGUCCUUGGGAACAGCUGGUUUGCCGGUUAUACCAGUGGGCACACCUGGGCAAACUUCUGCUCCAGUGAGCACCGCAUCAGGAAUGAGACCUGGAACUGCCCCCCAAAAGCCACCGCUAACUAAGGCUCCGGUGCUGCCAAUGGGUACUGAACUUCCGGCUGGCACUCUACCCAGCGAGCAGCUGCCACCUCUCCCAGGACCUUCUCUAACUCAGCCCCAGCAACCUCUAGAAGAUCUUGAUGCUCAGUUAAGAAGAACACUUAGUCCAGAGACUGUCGCUGUGGCAUCAGCCCUUGGUCCUGUGUCCACGGUGUCUCCAGCAGCAGUUACAGAAGCAGGAGCACAGCCUCAGAAGGAUGGCGCAGAAGGCACUGCCCUAGCAGCUAGUUCAGGAGCUGGCGUUGUUAAGAUGGGGCGAUUUCAGGUUUCAGUUGCAAUGGAUGAUGCCCAAAAACAAGGCAGAAAUAAGUCAGAAGAUGCAAAGGCUGUUCGUUUUGAAUCCAGCACUUCUGAAUCCUCGGUGUUAUCAAGCAGUAGCCCAGAGAGCACCCUGGUACAGCCUGAGCCCAGUGGGAUAGCCAUCCGUCGUAUCUCUUUGGACAUGCCAGACAGUGCCCACAAAGCUCCUGCCUCAGAGGCAAAGCCAGACACUGGACAGCCUACCACAGUUGGGUGCAUUCAGGUGACAACUACAGCAAACAAAGUGGGUCGUUUCUCUGUAUCAAGAACUGAGGACAAGAUUGCUGAGGCAAAAAAAGAGGGGCCAGUGGCACCUCCCCCUCUUACGGAUUUGGAGCAAGCUGUUCUUCCUGCUGCAAUACCAAAGAAAGACAAGCCUGAACUGUGUGAGCCUUCCCAUCUGAAUGGGCCAUCUUCUGACUUGGAGGCCGCCUUUCUGAGUAGGGAUAUGGAUGAGGGUUCAGGUAGUCCACACUCCCCGCCUCAGCUGUGUUCAAAGAGUCUUCCUAUCCAGACUCUAAGUCAAAGCCUUAGUAAUUCAUUCAACUCCUCUUACAUGAGUAGUGACAAUGAGUCUGACAUUGAGGAUGAAGACUUAAAGCUAGAGCUGCGAAGACUACGGGAAAAGCAUCUUAAAGAGAUUCAGGACCUGCAGAGUCGCCAGAAGCAUGAAAUCGAGUCUUUGUAUACCAAACUGGGCAAGGUCCCCCCUGCUGUCAUUAUCCCCCCAGCUGCGCCCCUUUCAGGGAGAAGGAGGCGUCCCACUAAAAGCAAAGGAAGCAAAUCCAGUCGUAGCAGUUCCUUGGGGAAUAAAAGCCCCCAGCUUUCAGGUAAUGUGUCUGGUCAGAGUGCAACUUCAGUCUUGCACCCCCAGCAGACCCUCCACCCUCCUGGCAGCAUCCCAGAGACCGGGCAGAACCAGCUGUUACAGCCCCUUAAGCCAUCUCCCUCUAGUGACAACCUCUAUUCAGCCUUUACCAGUGAUGGUGCCAUUUCAGUACCAAGCCUUUCUGCUCCAGGUCAAGGGACCAGCAGCACAAACACCGUCGGGGGGACAGUGAGCAGUCAAGCUGCCCAGGCACAGCCCCCAGCCAUGGCGUCCAGCAGGAAGGGCACGUUCACGGACGACCUGCACAAGCUAGUGGACAACUGGGCCCGGGAUGCCAUGAACCUUUCCGGCAGGAGAGGAAGCAAAGGACACAUGAACUACGAGGGCCCUGGAAUGGCAAGGAAGUUCUCUGCGCCUGGGCAGCUGUGCAUCUCCAUGACCUCGAACCUGGGUGGCUCGGCCCCCAUCUCUGCAGCGUCAGCUACCUCGCUAGGUCACUUCCCCAAGUCCAUGUGCCCUCCACAGCAGUACGGUUUCCCAGCUGCCCCCUUCGGCACGCAGUGGAGUGGGACAGGCGGCCCAGCACCACAGCCACUUAGCCAGUUCCAGCCUGUGGGAACUGCCUCCUUGCAGAAUUUCAACAUCAGCAAUUUGCAGAAAUCCAUCAGCAACCCCCCAGGUUCCAACCUGCGGACCACUUAGACCUAGAGACAUUAACCGAGUAGAUCUGGGGGCAGGCCGAGGGGUGCGGAGGGUGGGAGGGAGUGGGAACUAGCCUGUAUACUAACUCCUAGUGCUGCAUUAACUGGUUAUUUCUUGCCAGAGGGAAUGUUUUUAAUACCGCUUUGAGCCCUCAGAGUGGAGACAGUCUCCAUGUCCCCGUCUGUGUACUGGAGUGGGACAAGAAGGAAAGAGCAGCUUUCUUGUGAAGGGGCAGCUUCAGGCGAUGCUUUUCUGUUCAGCUACACCCAACGGUGAGGGCGAGGGCUAGGAAGAGACCUUGUCAGCAGGACCCACCCGGGCGCUCUGCGGUCGUCGGCCUCGUCUGCGGGCAGUGGGUGGAGCGCCUACUUUGGCAUGUGUCCCGAAUUCCAGCUCCCUCAAGAACCCAAACAACAAGCCACACACAGAACUCCUGGGGUCUCUUACCUGCCCCUCCUCCCCCCCCUUUUUUUGCUCUUUACAACCCAGUGAGAAGUACCAAGGGACUGGGGUUACAGCCCUUCCUUAUGAUAGGUCAUUAGUGCUUUAAGCAAAAGAUAGCAGCCUCGACUGCAGCACUAGCAAUUACGGAAAACACAAAACAGAAGUUCCCUGCGGACAUGUAACUUUGCCAUCAGUUUUGAUGUGGAAACACUGUGAUAUAUAAAUGUUGUUGGACAACAGUAGUUUUAAGAGUAAAAUAUGAAAGAUUUAAAAAAAAAGUUCCCAAAAAAGCUAGCUCUGUCCUUUACUUAUUGAGACACUUUAACUCUUCCUUUGUAUUUCCAUUGUAUUAGAUAAAUAAAUGUGAAUGUAAAAUUGUACAAAUUACUGUACUUGAAUACUUCUGUUCUCCCAGUAUUGCUUGCUGGAUAUUUUAGUGCCUUGGACUUGGAUCGCUUCUGCCGUCAGCAUCUACUUUUCCAGACCCCAGAUCUACAGUGGGCAUGUGGAAGGCGUUCUAGGUUGCUGUGACCCCAGCAGUGGAGAUGCCAAAAGGAAGUUGGAAGAGUGUUUUUCAAGCCAUUCAGUAAUUCUGUCUGGAGCAGGUGUAAGACGAGUAGGGUGAGACGUUAAGUUGACAUCAGUGGCUGUGAGCAGGAAGUUCUGUUUCAGGAAUAGUGGGGAGGGAGAUGACAAAACUGAGCACGUGGGAAAGCUCAGGGGCGGGAGGGGAGCCGAGUGGAAGGAAGACUACGGAGGGGGGACGAACUGCGCGCUGCCGGGCCAGUAACCCUCACGAGCCUCCCUUAUUUGAGCUGGGUUUGAACAGAAGAAAUGGAACCCAGAGAAGGGGGCGGGGCUAGGUUUUGAGUUGGGAAACGUGAUGGUGACUCAGGGAGUUGCUCUAAGAAACCCGUUGGGCUUGCGUUCCUCUCGCGGCACGCGCUCUGCGUUUCUCAGCUUGGGGUACUGCGUAGUGCGGAAAGAAGAAACAUCAAAUCAGUGAGCGCCGUGGGAGAAGGCUUCUCCCACCCGUUUCCUGAUGCCCACAUGGUUGCAGAAUCUGAACUGUUGUGCCACCUUUGUUUCUAGAAUUACAGCUCAUUUUCUGUUUUCACAUAGGAUUUUCUUUAAAUAGUAACUGCAACCAGCCAGUAUUACUUAGUGCUAUGCCCCCAACAGCACUUCUGUUAUUUUCAGAGCUUUUCUAAAAUACUGUCUCAAAUAGCGACGGUGGAGAUCUCUAUUAUCUCAGAAGCUAGGCCUCUCAAUUUCGGGGUGCUUCUCUUGACUCUUGGUUGGGAAGUUGACGUUAUUUCCAACCUGUUACCCGCCUUCCCGGCACACCCAGGAAUCCCCAACACAGGAAGAACAUGGCUCCCCGGCCCCUGUCCCUUCCUUUGCGGCCCGUCUUAGCAAAUUGGCCCAGGCCCCCAGAGACGCGCAGGGAGCUGAAGGUUCUAGGAAGGUGGAAGUGAAAAGGGCGGGGCCCAGCCCUGCCUCCUCACUGCUGCUUGCUCUGCUGAGGCUCUGCUGGGGAGGGUUUAAGAACAGGGGUGGAACCGAGGCCGAGGGGGAAGUGGGCCACCUGGGACGACAGCGCUGCAGCCAAGCCGAGCCAGGGGCAGGCGCAGCACGUUACUGCUAUUUUGGUUUAAUUCUUUUGAGACCCUUUCAUCCAUACAGAAAAAGGUUUUAUUUACUGUUGAUUUUGUUUCCUUCCUGUGGAUGAAAUAACUGAAGCCUAGAGGAAUGGACUAGUGCUACUGAACUGUUUAAAUUAUUUUCGUGUUAAUAGUACACUUUGAGUAUCUUUUUCCACAUUAAAAAUUUUUUCUGAAUUAUAAAUGUUUUCCUUACAUUAUUAAAAAAUGUACACUGUUUGAAAAUUUAAAAAAAAAAACUGAAUUCAAUCCUUGGGGAUGUCUCAGCCGUUAACUGUACAUUUUGCACUAACUCUGGGUGUCGCGCUUCUUGUAAGAUUGCGCUCUGUGCUUCAGUUUGUUACCUUUGUAGAUUUAUUUAAUGAAACCAUUCAAAUAAACCAGACUUGCUUUUGUUGA